CACACCUUUUAUUGACAUAAUUCAUAGAACUAAAGAAUUCAGUAGACACCAAAACCAUUACAAUGAUUACUAAAAAACAACACCAAAAAAAAGUGCAAAAAGGCCUUUUAAUGGAGACCUGCCAAAUGUCCCCACAAAUUUAAUUCUUUAUUAUUCCUACUUAUUUGUCCCCACCAGUAUAUUUCUGUCUGUCUGUCUGUCUGUCUCUCUCUUUUCUCACACACACACACACACACACACACACACACACACACACACACUCUCUCUUGUACUAGCAUUUUGGGGACCUCACAUUGACAUAAUUAUUAAUGUAAUCAAUGAAAGCUGUAUGCACACUUAGAUCUAAACAUAAACACACACAUACACUCUCAGUUUUACUCACAGACACACACACUCACACACACACACAGAGUCAGUCAGUUCAAUCCGAGUGGAGGAUUCAGCCCGGGCUUUGCAGCAGCUCCAUUAGCUCCAGCUUGCGGACAGAGUCUCGGUGUCUCUCGGCUUUGCGAGGCUACAAACAGCCAUUAAAUAUUUGAGCCAAGGCGCUGAGGGAAAGCGGAGCGACAUGAAAACCUCACGAUCGACGUAAUUUAUCUCCCUUAGAAAUCUGAGGAGGCGAGCAGCUGCAAGGUUUAUUUUUUAUCCGGGGACUCGGGAGUAAGAAGCUGGAGGAGCUGGAGAGGAAUGAAGUGAAAUGUCCGGGCGGCGCUGCGACGCGCUCUAACAGCGGGCUCUGAGUGCGUGAUGGCCGCGAUCCGCUGAGCUGGCCUUCCCGCUGUCUCUGUCUGGAUCUCGGUGCGCGCUUGUGUGUGUGUGUGUGUGUGUGUGUGUGUGUGCGCGCGCGUGCGUGCCUAUGUGUGUGUGAGAUCUCCAGCGGCUCGUUUCUUUCCCCGUUUUUGCCUUUACCAUUCGGGAUCUAUGGAGUGCACAUGAGCACCGGGGGAUCGGGGACACCUUCAGUGGGGGAAAAAAUGUGGGCAUUUGGGAAGUGGAAACCAAGACAACCCUGAGGCUUGAGUAACCGCACUUCUUCCUGCCCCAGACGUCUGAAAAGGUCAGACCCCACUCCGGCACGCUUGGGCCGUUGGCAAUAAGAUGUCCCUAAGUAGUGGCACUGCAGGCGGGAAAGGUGUGGACUCGAAUGCGGUGGACACUUACGACAGCGGCGAUGAAUGGGACAUUGGAGUUGGAAAUCUGAUCAUCGACCUUGACGCGGACCUAGAGAAAGACAAGCUCGAGAUGUCUGCCACUAAAGACGGGGGCGGAAUGGCUGCACCCCCCAGCGCCGUAGCCGCGUUGCCGGACAAUAUCAAAUUUGUUAGCCCUGUGACCACUCAGGGCAAGGACGGUAAGUCUAAGUCAAAGCGUAAUAAAAACUCUAAGGAUAAUAGCAAGGCCUCAACCCCAGACGGGGCCAAGAAAGAGUCGCAGGUGCGGACGUCUAGCGACUCCACCGGCCCGGUUACAGGCACAGCUACAGGACCUGUAGCUACCAAAGGUGCAGAUAAAAGUACAAAGACCUCUCGCAACGUUCCAAGUGGGAAAAAGGACAAAGAGGGAGGAACCGGUAAAAACAAAAAGGACAAAACCGACGGAGUUUCGAGCGGAACUACAGAAAAGGACACAGCAGCUUCAGUUUUAACCCUAGGGCCGUCCCGCAAUGCCUCUUUCGAAGGAAGGCAAAACUCUGACCUCACCUGUGCUGAACAAAUUGGGAAUAUUGCCAUCGAUGCUGCUGGAUUAGUUCCUCCUUUGACUAUUAAAAGCGAGCCAGAAGACAUGGAAAGCACUGACUGUAGGAACCUGAAGAAAGUAAAGAGUGAAAAGAUGGAUUCCCCAGUGUCAACGCCGGCCCCUCCACCUCUUCAUCUCCUCGCUUCAGUUGGCAGCACUGACAUCUCCUCUCCAUGUGAGCAGAUCAUGGUCCGCACGCGCUCAGUAGCCGUCAACACGUCCGACGUGUCUCUUGCCACCGAGCCAGAGUGUCUGGGCCCCUGUGAGCCUGGCACCAGUGUCAAUCUGGAAGGCAUUGUAUGGCAAGAAACUGAGGACGGUAUGCUGGUAGUGAAUGUCACCUGGAGGAAUAAAACCUAUGUGGGCACUCUUCUUGACUGCACCAGACAUGACUGGGCCCCUCCACGAUUUUGCGAAUCACCCACAAGUGACAUGGAGAUCAAAAAUGGCAGAGGCAGAGGGAAAAGAAUGAGACCCAAUAGCAAUACCCCAGUUAAUGAGAAUAGCAACUCCUCUGACAACAAGGGGAGCAAUAGCAGUAAAACCCGAGCAGCGUCUAACAACAAAGGACGACGAGGCAGCCAGAACUCUUCGGAGCGUCGUACACCACCGAAUAGUUACACUGAGGACAUCAAGGCUAGUCCGUCGUCUAUAAACAAACGCAAGAGCAAGCCUGCAUCAGACAUGGAGCCUAAUUCUAGCUCAGAGGACACCAAAGGUAGCAAGCGUAUGCGCACCAGCUCAAACAGUGGAAUGCCUCAUGCGGUCCUGCCUAUCCCUAUUAUUAAAGCAGAGCCCCUGCCACCUUCUCUGGAUCGCAGUUGCCCCUCUCCAGUGCUUAUUGACUGCCCCCAUCCUAAUUGCAACAAAAAAUACAAGCACAUAAAUGGCCUGAAGUACCAUCAGGCUCGCGCCCAUAACGAUGAUGAUAUUAAACUGGAAAUGGAUGGGGACAGCGAAUAUGGCGAGGAUUCUACUUUGCAUCCGGAACCAGGCGGCUGCAACGGAGCCUCUAUUUCUCAGAAAGGCUGCGUCUCUCCAGCACGAUCUGUUACUCCAAAAGGCAGGGGGUUUGAGGCUCAGAGCCCCUCGCCUUCAUCAGGCAAAUACGCCUCCAAACAGUCUGGCAAAAAGAAGGCUGAGGCUGACCAUGAUUCUGGAGUCCAUUUAGAUGGCUGUGAAGAUGGCCCGUGUCUGACAGACGAAGCUAGCAACGAUGGCAUUGAUGACAAGAAAAGUUUAGACAAGGCCAAGAAAGCUGGCACUAAUUCCAAAGCAGAUAAGCUGUCUCAGAAGGCUGUGAAGUCAUCAAGAUCGAUUGUACCUUCCAUUCCACCACAGCAGCUCUAUGGCUUGCAAGGAUCAAACUUUCCUGCACCUAACUCAAGUUCCUCUUUGAACAUGGGCACAGUGGUACAGUCAGUUCCCAAAAGCCCACAGCUGAAAGCUAUCCAGCCUAAACCUGUAGUAAGUGGAGACCCUUCUAUGAACCCAACUUUAAGUGGUUCCAAGGACAAAAAGAAAAAAGACAAGAAAAAGAAGGAGGGUGUAAAGGAGGGUGACAGUCCCAAAGCCCCAGGAAAGGGCUGCAAGUCAGAGGAAGGAAAAAGUCCUUACUCUGAGUCAUCAGACCCAGGCAGCAAGAGUGAUUGCCUUCUCAACGGUUCAACAGACCCCCACCAGAGUCGCUUGGCAAGUAUAAAGGCUGAAGCGGAUAAAAUCUACAGCUUUACUGAUAAUGCUCCCAGUCCGUCAAUCGGUGUGGCCAGUCGCAUAGAUAGUGGAGGCAUGCCCCAACCUCUCACGCCACUCCAUGUAGUCACCCAAAAUGGGGCAGAUAAUGCCUCAGUGAAAACCAACAGCCCAGCCUACUCUGACAUUUCAGAUGCCGGUGAAGAUGGGGAGGGCAGAGUGGAAGGAGUGAAAGUUAAAUCUGAAGAGCACACACACAGAGAGGGUGCUAAAAAGGCUCUUUUUGCCACCCAGCCUCCAAACAAAGAGUCUCCCUAUUAUUCCAAUUUUGAUACUUACUACUCACCUAACUAUGCUAAUCCAAAUCCCAGCCCGGGGGUUUCUAAUACUGGUGUACACUUGCAGGAUGGAACUGUGAAGGUAAAGAAAGAAGAAGAGCCAGACAUCGUGGAAGAAAAAGGCAAAUCGGAACAGCAGGAAGAUCGCAAGGCGGAUAUUAGCACGUCUAGUCAACAGCAACAACAGCCAUCUGUCAUCCAGCAGCGGUCGAACAUGUACAUGCAGCCUCUCUACUAUAAUCAGUACGCCUAUGCCUAUGGCUAUUCUCCAGACCAGGCUUAUCAUAAUCAUUUGAUGAAUACUAAUCCAAGCUACAGGCAGCAAUGUGAGGAACGGCAGAGACAAGUUGCUGAGCAACAUCGAGUGGGUGAGAAGAAAUCCGAGGCAGUUCAGAAGGACAGGGAUGUUUCUGUCAAGUCAGAGGAGUGGAAGCAAAAGGCGUCCGUUCCUCCGAGUUUGUCUAAAGCACCAAGUCUCUCUGACCUGGGUAAACCCUUACUUCAGAGCAAGGCCAAAGAGCUGACCUCUGAGCCAGCCAAAUCUGUCAUCAUCCCUAAGGUAGAAGAUGGAAAGCCAACAGCCCAGCCACCUGAAGGCCUAAAAAUGAAGCUAAGUGAAGGUGGACACCAUGGAAAAGAGGAGCAGAAACCCAUUAUUGACUCUGGAAGGCCGUCCUCUAUGGAACAGGCUAUGUACAUGUACAGACAGGAGCCUGAUUCUCGACUAUGGCCCUAUGUUUACUCCAACAAGUACCCUGAAGCUCAGAAACAGUUAGAGGAUGAAAGAUGGAAGGAAGAACGAGAGCGGGAUCGAGAUCGAGACCGGGACAGAGAGCGAGAGCGAGAUCGAGAGCGCGAAAGGAGAAGUAAAGAGGAUCGACCUCGUCUGAAAGAUCCCCCUAAAGAAGAGGGCAAAGACAUAAUUGAGCCACGGACUUCAGUGGCCUCUGAGGAGCACAGAGGGAUCAGUAAAGACCCCAGAGCUCAUAUGCAGUUCUCUUCAGCCCUUCCUCAACACCAGUCUUAUAUGCCAUACAUGCACAGCUAUCCUUACAGCCAGGGGUACGACCCAAGUCACCCAGGAUACAGAGGGAUGCCAUCUGUGAUGAUGCAGAACUACCCAGGGUCCUACCUGCCAGCAGGUUACUCAUUCUCACCAUAUAGCACUAAGAUUUCACCAGGUGAGGACUCCGACAAAGCUCGUGCCAGCCCGACAGUAACCGGCAAAUCGGCUACAGAUUCGAAAGCCUUGGAUAUUCUGCAUCAGCACGCGAGCCAGUACAAGAGCAAAUCGCCCACGGUGGGUGACAAAACAUCUCAUGACAGAGACCGAAGCGGAGGCGAAAGAGACCGGGAAGGUGACCGACCGCGAUCCUCUCCCUCGCAGAGAAUAAUGCCUUCACAUCACCACCUGGGUUACUCUCUCAUCUCCGGACAGUACGAUUUGUCUUAUGCCCCUGCCAUUGUUGCGAGCCAGCAAGCCUCUGGCCCUUCGCUAUACCCCCCUGCACGGAGGUGAGAAUGGCACACAUGUCAACAUCCGUACCUUCCUCCAGCACCUCCAGAUGGUGACUUCUGGGCCUCAAGCUUCCCUGCAGCCAUGUGACACCUUCACAUGAGGAAAGAGUGCAGACUUUACGACAUCAGUUCAAUGGUGUUACUGGAUUUUAUAUUCUUUUUUUUUUUUUUUUUUUUUUUUUUUAUCGUUUCGUUUAGUUUGUUAUUCCCGGAUACCCCCGAUGUCUUUGGACCCCCCCUCACCCCACAUCGGAGAUGGGUGAGGGGUGCCAAUAUCGCAUAUAUCUACGCCCCUUCAGGAGGAGCUCGGUCACACUUCCCCUCUGUCACACUAACGAGGCACUCACAUGGUGACGAGACAUGGCGCCUUCGGCACACAGUCACGAUGUGGCGGCUCUUUAAAAACAAGCCUCGUAUUUCGGGGAGAAGCAGGAAAUGGACAGCAUGGAACUGACAUGUGAUUAGUUCGCUGCGUGUACCAGCCUGAGUCUUGGGGAACAUUUCAGCAGAACUUAUACUCAAGUUACCCCAAGGACACACAAAUUGUUGGAUAGUUCCUUUUUUUUUCUGAAUGAGAAUGAGAACAAUCACCAUUUUUUUUGUCUCUUUUUCUUUUUAUCCUCUUUUCCUGCCCAGACACAAAGACCAGGCUGGACUCUAUGCAAGCUUUUGACACUCACCUCUUUCAUCCAGUUUUAGAUUCACGUGAUAUGCUACAGUUCCUGAAUCCAUCGGCUCACAGGACAAAAUGAACCUUUUAGUAGUUUUGUUAAGACAUUUACAACACCACUCUCUCCUGAUCAGCCUGUGUCAGAUCACCACCGUUUUUCUUUCAACCUCGGCUCACACGUCUUUACCUGUGCAUCGAAUGCAAAUGGUUCCUCUAACCGACUCAUUUUUUUACACCAGCUCUCUACGCCUUGGUCUACUGACGUUCGUUCGUUGCUUUAGAUAGGUGCUCCAACAUGCUGCAAAGGACUCCAUGUGUACGAGGGAAGCUGGGAAGUCAUGCUUUCGGACUGCGUUCUCGCAGUGCUAGCAGGCUGGACCGGAGUAGUGCCUUCCUUUGUGGCAGCAAGACCAGCCUUCUCUGAGCAGCCUUGCUAGGAGGAAGCCAUUUUCCACGCUUCUCGAACUGACACGCUUGUUCUGUGCCCGCGUGACAUGGGAACGACCUCAUGUGUUCCAAAAUCACAAGGUCUUGGUCAUAAACUGGCAAAAACACCCACACUGUUGUUCUUGUUCAUGAUGCUGCUGCUUGAGAGUCUCAUGCCAAACUGCAUGACCAGAGUGUUUGACCUGAAGUGGGGUGGGUACAGGAAGGAAGUGCCCUCUUGAACGCACAGAGAAGCGUAUGCUGGACGUUCAGGCAACACCAGACCCACUAUGUGAGGUCCGUAGUUGGGUUGGUACUCCACAGAGAUUCCUCCGAAUACAUUGUCUAGAGUUACUGUAUACCUGACUGUGCUUUGUCUGUGUAUCCUAUCGGAAGCCCCCGGGUCCCUCUCCUUCUCACUCGGUCUUGUAUAUCUGCGUGGUGUACGAAAGCACUAGAAAAAUAUUACCUUACACGAGGAGGCGGCGAGCGGGGUACGUUCGCCUCACUUCCUGUUUGUCUGAACUCCCCCCCUUUCUCUCUCACACAGGCACUCACCAUGUGCUUCUUUCUGUAUAUACUGUACAGAGGAAUUAUUUUAAAAAGGUUGUUGGAUGCUAUUGGAUUUUCCUACUCUUUUUGUUUUUGGUCUCUUAGCCUUUUUUUUUCUACUAUUGUUGAUAUAAAUAUGUAGCUGGUGUAACGGCUUUAUAAUUGAAGUGUUAUAUAUAAAAGUUCCAGCUUGCCACAGAUUUUCUCACUCUUUCUUCCUCUCACGAGGUUCCUCUCCCAUGUUCUCCAAGCAUGUCACCACUCGACGUUCAGUUUCUCUCUCUCUCUUUUUUUAUUUUUUUAUUUUUCUAAAUACGUAUAUAAUAUAUAUUGGAAUGCCAGGUGUGGUAAGUUCUAUUACAGGAGUUUGUCCCGAUUUGAAGCUCACAUACAACAGAAAAAUCAGAACAGGUCCGUUUUUCAUUGUCGAGAUGGACAUGCUAUUCAUUGUUUUUUUUUUUUAUAAUUUCUUUUUAUAUAUAUAUAUAUAUAUAUAUAUAUAUAUAUAUAUAUAUAUAUAUAUAUAUAUAUAUAUAUAAAUAAGUCGCUCUUAUCAGAUUUGCCCUAGUGCCAUUUUAAGUGUCCUGUCGGGCCGUGUGGUUCAACUCCAAGAUUCGCAUCUUACAGCAAGGCAAGUAUUUUUUAUUCACGAUACUCCCUUGACACAGGAAGAAGUUUAUUCCACACUAAUGGUUUGACUAACUGGAUUGUGUACAAUUAUCACUUUCGUCCUAAACACUAACACACCAGCAGGAUUACAAACGAGCCGCGUUCCAACGUCAGAUUUCUCUUCAAAGUUUUCUCGUCUGUGUAAAUGAAUCUGCUGGUUUUCUGACUCCGACGAUGAUUUGAACACUUCCCCCCUCCUAAACACUCUAGAAGUCGUGUUUUGAAGCUUCCCAAACCCAGUACCAAUUUAUACGUAGAAAGACCUGGACUUGAAAUGAAGAACCCUUUGGCAGAAGGGCUGAGAUUUUUAUUUGGUAGUAGUUUUAUCUUUGGUCAUAUAACCAGUUAACGUGCUGUCUGGUGAAAAUAAAGCGCUUGUAAUAAAUUAUUUUGAAGGCAGUUUCAGUACUUGUUUUACCCUGAGUGAGGUAAGUCAGUCGCUUUUUGUUUUCGACACGUUCGCAUUUGUCUCAUACGGUGCUACUUUGCCUGGUCCUGUGCGGUCCUUGACGUAAGGACGUGUUUUUGUUUGUUUGUUUGCUUUUAUCUUCCCCUCUAAUUUUCUUGAUACUUCCUGAUAUCUUUGGUCCCUAUAAAUUUUUCUAUGUGUGAUUUGCCCCCCUGCCAUUUCUCAGUUAUUGGUACUUGAAAGAAAGAUGUUUACAGCUUUUUGUUCAUUUCUGUGUUUGGAUAUCAUUUCUCUUGUAAUCCUGUCUGUCUCUUCCCUCCUUCCUGUGUCUCUGAGCUCGACAUCACUCUUUUUUUUCUUCUCCACCUCUGUCUCCUCACUCUUUUCCCAGGGUUUUUCGUAUGUAAAGUGUACAUUGCCACAUUGUCCUUUUUUUAUACAAUAUUCUAACUUGCCUUUGUACAUUUAGGCAGAAAAUAAAUCUUUUUAUGAGACAAUCA